AUGGAGGAAACAUCAAGACAAAGAGCGUACUUUGCUACAGGCUCAAGAUUAUUAACAUGUGCAGUUAACGAAGGGUUGGUUAAAACUUUAUAUUAUUGUCCAGAAAAGUUUGUACUAAAUGGUUUUUUUGAACAAUCAACAAAAACAACAGAAUCUUUAUCGAGUAAAGAAUGCAAUUUUGGAAUAAUUUUUAUUUUGCCUGAUAAUCAAAAAAUCCAACAGAUUAAAGAAAUUUUUUCGGUUCGCGUAAAUCAUAAACCGUUACUUUACAAAAAUAAUGAAAAAAAGUUUAUAUCAGAGGUAGAAAAUAUUGAUCCAUGUGAUAUGUUACCUCCUAUAAAGAAACUUUCUUUAGAUACUGAAUUCAGGUCUAUGGAUGAAGAGAAAGAAGACGAAGAAAAUAAAUUUGAAUUAUUUUGUAAGAAAUGUGCAAAUUUGUUCGAGAUUGGUGGAAUAAAAAUUAGUCCAGUUGAUAUAAUGAGAGUAUUUGGUGAUUGGUUAAAUUUAAAUAAUGAAUUAAUUGAUCUUACAUGUUCAGAAUUAAAAAGUUCUUGCGAAUACCAAGAAUUUAUAUAUAGACAUCCAAAACCUAUGCCAACAUUAAAUUCCACUAGUAUUGAAUGGGAACAAAGUUUGAUCGAAUCCCAUCCAACACAUCCGUUGCAUAAAUCUAGAAAAACUGUUCCUCCCAUUUCUGAAAUAGUUCCAGGUAGUUAUGAUUUUGAGAAGCCAUUGAUUCGUUUUGCACUAGUGCCACAUGAUAAGGUGUGUAUAAGAGGAUCUUUUGAAGAAGGAAUACGACAACUGGUAGAUACAAUGAAAUUUCCAAAACCGAAUAUUCCAUCAGAUAAAGUUCUUGUGCCGUUUCAUGAACUACAAUUGCCAAUCAUCAAAUCAAAAUUUCCACACGUUGAAAUUUUACCAAUUGAAUAUUCAAUAAGGGCCAAUAGUCAAACUAAUAUACGCACAGUGGUAUUUCCAAAUUUACCUGGAUUGGCAUUUAAAUUACCAUUAGGCAUGAUAGUGACAUCAGCGAUGAGAACUAUUUCACCUUGGGCUGCACAUCUUGGCGUAGGAUUAACGCCCGUGUUAAAAAAGCUUAAUAUAAAUUGGAAUAUUUUGAAAAUUGCUUAUGAACUAGCAAGUGUGAUAUCAACCGAUUCAGGUCCAGAUGUUGCAAACCAUUUGGGUUGCAUAAUCAGACAAGAUGUUAAUGAUUUGGAUGAUAGCGAAAAGGUCAUAAUAUGUGGAGCGUUAACGGAAAAGGAUGAAAAUGGAAAAAGUGUCGUUGAAAAAGUCUGGAAUUUGGACACUGAACAAAAACGUAUUGAUUUUCUUGAUAGAUACCUUCGAAUAUUAUUUGAAGCAUUUUUGCCUCCCGCUUUAGAUAAUGGGUUUACAUUUGAACCACAUCAACAAAAUACUCGUGCACGUUUUAGUUCUAAAACUGGAGAAUUGAUUGGAUUUAUAAUUAGAGAUUUUGGUGCAAUAAGAUUUCAUCAAGACACGUUGGUGAAAACCUUGGGAAUUCGUGUUGAUGCAUUAAAAGGUAGCUCAACAGAAUCCAAAGAUUUAGUCGAUGUUUACAAUAAAUUAUACCAUUCAUUAAUAACAGUUCAUGUGCACAGGUUGAUUAGGGCUUUGAAUCUACAUUAUAAUGGUAUUGGUUGGCAGAUUACUCGCGAAAAUCUUAUAAAAAUAAUACCAAAAGAUCAUUUGUUAUGGUAUUUGUGGUUAAAAAAAGAAACUGCAGAAGAGAAAUGCCUUCUAAGAAUGAAAUGCGAAGGAUUAUUUAGAGAUUAUAUAUAUCAACCAUGUCCUAAUUUAAUACUUUAUAAAUCUGAAGAAUCUGGCGUUAGUAGCGAAUGUUCACCAGAAACAUAG